AUGAAAUCGUCUGCGCCUGCAAAGUCGGAUGCGCCCCCCGGUUACACCGCGGACCCGUCCAAGGGCCCCAUGCUGCGCUACGAAGCCUCUCUGCCCCGCCUACCUGUCCCCACCAUUUCAUCCACCGCACACAAGUACCUCGAGACUGUGCGGCCCCAUUUCGAUGAUGCGAAAUUUGCGAAGACGCAGGCCGCCGUGAAGGAUUUCCUCGAGUCUGCGCAUGUCGCGGAGCUGCAGCGCCGUCUGGAAGCUCGUGCAGCCGAUCCGUCUGUGAAGAACUGGAUCAUCGACUGGUGGAACGAUGCGGCGUACAUGGGAUAUCGCGAUCCUGUUGUGGUCUAUGUGAGCUACUUCUACGUCCAUCUGGAUGACCCCCGGAUACGGGACCAAGCACGGCGAGCUGCUACUCUCAUCAAAGCCAUGCUGCCCUUCCGUGAAAUGGUGGAAACACAGCAGCUACAACCAGAGACCGUGAAGGGCAUGCCUCUGAGCAUGGACUCCUACCGAUGGAUGUUCCAUUCCUGCCGCUACCCCGCCAAGCCAUCAGAUACCGCCCGCAAGUUCGAUCCCAAAGAACACAAUCAUGUUGUCUUUGUGCGGCAGAACAAGUUCUAUGAGGUCGCUCUCACGACUUCCGAAGGGCGGGAACUCACUGCUGCAGAAUUGGAAGCUCAGAUCGACCGUGUCAUCCUGAAGGCGGGCGAAGACAAAGCUAUCCCUGUGGGAGCAUUGACGAGCGAAAACAGGGAUAACUGGGCAGAUGCUCGUGAAGCUCUGCUCGCUGCGUCACCAAUUAACGCCGAGACGCUCUCGCGCAUCGAGUCGGCGAUGACGAUCGUCUGCCUCGACGACGCCAUGCCAGUCACUCGGGAGGAUAAGUCGUGGGAGUGCUGGGUCGGGGACGGCAGGAAUCGGUGGUACGACAAACACCAGUUCAUUGUCUUCCAAAACGGCAAAUCCGGGUUCCUGGGCGAACACUCAUGCAUGGACGGCACACCUACUUUACGGUUGAAUGAGUUCAUCCUCGCCUCUUUGGCCGCUGGCAAAGUCGACCUCGGUCCGGCUAGAGAGCCCAAUACCGGGAAGGAUCUGCCAGAACCCAAGGAGUUGAAGUUCGACUUGAACGACAAGGUGAAGGGCUAUAUCCAGCAGGCGGAGAAGAACUUCGACGACCUAGUCUCCAAACACGACUUGCACGUCCUUCACUACGAAGGGUACGGCAAAGAGUACAUCAAGAAGUUCAAGGCAUCGCCCGACGCCUGGGCGCAGCUCGUGAAGCAGCUGGCCUUCCACAAGAUGUUCGGAAGGCCGGGGGUCUGCUACGAGAGUUGCCAGACUCGUAAAUACCAGCUCGGCCGGACUGAGGUCAUCCGGAGCGCCAGCAACGAGAGCAAGGCCUGGGCGGAGGCGAUGCUGAACCCCCACGAGACGGACGAGAAUCGCGCGGCGCUCUUCAGGAAAGCCGUGUCCCGUCACCUGCAGUACGCCGCCUGGGCUGCCGACGGCCAGGGCGUCGAUCGCCAUCUCUUCGGGUUGAAGAAGUGCCUGAAGGAAGGGGAGCCUCUGCCUGAGAUAUACAAGGAUGAGGCCUUUUCGAGGACGAGCCACUGGGAACUCUCGACUUCGCAGCUAUCGUCACCGUUCAUUGAUGGAUGGGGAUACGGAGAAGUCGUUCCUGACGGCUACGGUCUGUCGUAUGCUAUCGGCGAUAAUUAUAUUCGGUGGACAAUUACGAGUCUGAAACGUCGGACUGCGGAGCUGAAGCAUUACUUGGCGGAGGCUGCGACUGAGACGAGGGCGAUGAUGGAGCGUGCUGCAGCUGCCGCGGAGAAGAAAAAUGCGGGGGAUCCUGCCAGAAGCAAACUGUAA